UCAACUCGUAUGACGUCAAUGUAGUUUUGCUUUUAACCUUCCAAUCUCAGGCCGUUGUGUGUAUCCUAGCUAUUAAUCGUAUAGACCUCGUUUUCACUUAUAGUGGGAGUGAAACCUUGUUUACAAUUCCUGCGUCGACACAACUACGAGCAUCAAGAUGCAAGCGGCUAUGGAAAUAUCAACAAAGUACUGUUAUAAAGAAUUGGAGACAUAUGGGUCAUGCGUGGCUUCAAAUCCGACGUCAUGGCAGCAAAAGUGCCAUGACCUAAAGACGAAGGUUUCUCAAUGCACAUCAUCACAUCCAGUGAUACAGAAAAUCCGGCAAGACUGUUCCACUGAAUUUGGGAAAUUUGAGCAAUGCCUGAAAGAAAACCAGAACUCAUCUACCUCCUGUUCGGCACAUGUGACCCGCUUUCUAGGCUGUGCAGACUCUGUUGACCUCAGCAGCGUGGCAUCUGAAACGAGUUCUGACUGAUCAUUGGAUUCCACACCUUCCAUCUUCAGAUCAAACUUCUGGCUUCAACAGCUUAUACAAGCUGAAUUUGGACAUGUCUACAGUACAAAUAUCCUAUAUAUACUUGUGUUGUGUAAAUAUAUAUAUAUAUAUAUAUAUAUAUAAAAAUGUCUAUAUACACACACAACCAAAGUGUUUAACUUCUGUUAAUCUCAAUGUGACCCGUUUUAACUGAAAUGAAUAAAAUAGCAAUGCUCCAGAACUGUAAAUAAUAGCAUUUGGGUGGGCCCAUUAAGGGCGCUCAUCUUAAUAUCAUUUUUACUUUCCUUUGAAUAAAAACAGCAAGAUUUGCAACGUUUUGUGUUCUUCGGUUUUACAAAAAUAGUUUUGUUUUGUUUUAUGUCUGUCCCUCCUACCAAUGCAUUCUCCAGGUCAUUGUCAAAUAUUAAUCUGAAGUGUAAUUGCUCCCACACAUAUUCUACUGACUAUUGAGUCAAUGAGCAAUGGGAGUCUGGGAAGAUAGGAGGGAAAGAAAAAAAAAAAAGGCGGUUACUCACCACUAAUCAGCAGGACCACUGAGACAGACAGAGGGAGGAUGUUGAGUUAUGAACCUUGUGACCGUUAAGCAGAACAGACAUUUUCUGGUUCAAUUAUUAAAGGUUUGGGGUGAGUAAUGGG